UAUUCAAGUCGGCCUUACGAACCGACAGUACAAUCACAUACUUUUGCUAAUACAAAUUUUGUGUUUUAUUACAGGAGGAUAAAUACUUUACUUCAAAGUAUUUUAAAAUGCGUACAAGAUAAUCGAGGUGUACAACGAAAGCCUGCAAUCCUCCCGAUAUCAUCCUUAGCAGAGAUGGAUGAUUUUGAAAAUAUUGAUGACAAUGGUUUCACCGAAGUUGUGAAUUAUUUUAAUUAUAUAGGCGGCUUCAACUUGAAAGAAGCCAUAAAUCUUUGCUUAAAGGAGGCUUUGAAGGAUUUGUUAACGCCAUCAUUUACAUGGUGGGGGCGCGAAGGAGGACAAAGACCAUUAUACAAUGCUCGCAUAAUUAUUGCUAUUUACGGUAUGAUCUUCUUCCUUUCUUUGUUGACAAUUCCUUACUGUUUUAAUCAUGUAUUAUGUAUUAAUUGUACUGCAUUGCAUUAUAUUCUUUUUGUAGAAAGCAUGUGCAAUAACAAGCAUUUCCCAAAGCCGACUCGUUCGGAAUUUCAAGCCCAAGCGAAGGAAGCUCUCCGGGCGGCAAAAGAACGAGCCAGAAGUAAAGUGCGUGGUCCACGUCAGCGGGUACCUAAUCCAAGAGACCGCAAUUUUUGGAACGACGAACAAGAGCCGGAACAAGAGCAAGACGAAAAUAGAGAUAAUGGUAAUAAUGUAAAAUAAGAAAUAAUUAUACACAGGCACACGCAACCAUACUUGCGCGCACACACGUACGUAAUCAUAAGAAUAAUAAUUUAUAUGUUCUUACAGGUAUUCGUACAGAAGGAGAUCCACUAACAUCGUCGUGAUCCAAUACAUAUUUAUUAAUGGAGAGUAGCGGAGGAUAGCGGAGGACAGCGGUGAACAACGGAGGGCAGCGGAGGACAGCGGUGAACAACGGAGGGCAGCGGAGGACAGCGGUGAACAACGGUGGACAGCGGAGGACAACGGAGGGCAGCGGAAGACAAUGGCUGCGUUCAGCAGAAAAAGUUGCUUUGCAACUGUUGUAAAAUUCGUGAAUCUGAU